CGGUGAGGCGCGGCCUCGCUUGACGGCGGAAGGUGGCGGCCUGGCCUGUGAAGUGGAGAGAAGCUGAGGGGUUGCCGCCAGCAUGAAGCAGAAGAGGAAAGGAGAGCUCAGCCAUGCAGAGCUGAUGAUGAUGACAAUAGCUGACAUCAUAAAGCAACUAAUUGAGGCUCACGAGCAGGGGAAAGAUGUGAAUCUGAACAAGCUGAAAACCAAGACGUCAGCGAAGUACGGGCUCUCGGCGCAGCCCCGUCUGGUUGACAUCAUCGCUGCUGUUCCCCCCCAGCACCGCAAGGCGCUGGUCCCCAAGCUCAAGGCCAAGCCUAUAAGAACUGCCAGUGGGAUGGUGUUGGGAGAGCUCAGCCAUGCAGAGCUGAUGAUGAUGACAAUAGCUGACAUCAUAAAGCAACUAAUUGAGGCUCACGAGCAGGGGAAAGAUGUGAAUCUGAACAAGCUGAAAACCAAGACGUCAGCGAAGUACGGGCUCUCGGCGCAGCCCCGUCUGGUUGACAUCAUCGCUGCUGUUCCCCCCCAGCACCGCAAGGCGCUGGUCCCCAAGCUCAAGGCCAAGCCUAUAAGAACUGCCAGUGGGAUUGCCGUCGUGGCUGUGAUGUGUAAACCCCACAGAUGUCCACACAUUAACUUCACAGGCAACAUAUGUGUGUACUGCCCAGGUGGACCCGAUUCUGAUUUUGAAUAUUCAACACAGUCUUACACUGGAUAUGAGCCAACAUCCAUGAGGGCCAUUCGGGCUCGGUAUGACCCCUAUCUCCAGACAAGACAUAGAGUGGAACAGCUGAAGCAGUUGGGCCACAGCGUGGAUAAAGUGGAGUUCAUUGUGAUGGGUGGGACGUUCAUGGCCCUGCCAGAGGAGUACAGGGAUUACUUCAUCAGAAACCUGCACGAUGCCUUGUCGGGUCACACUUCCAACAACGUAGCGGAGGCCGUCAGGUAUUCGGAACGAAGCCUGACAAAAUGCGUUGGGAUAACGAUAGAGACCAGACCAGAUUACUGCCUGAAGAGGCAUCUAAGUGACAUGUUGUCCUACGGCUGUACAAGGCUGGAGAUCGGGGUGCAGAGCGUCUAUGAGGAUGUGGCCAGGGACACCAACAGAGGUCACACGGUGAAGGCUGUCUGCGAGUCCUUUCACUUAGCCAAGGAUGCUGGCUUUAAAGUGGUGGCCCACAUGAUGCCUGAUCUCCCAAACAUGGGCCUCGAGAGGGACAUGGACCAGUUUGUGGAGUUUUUUGAGAAUCCUGCUUUUCGCCCCGAUGGCAUGAAGCUGUAUCCGACGUUGGUGAUCCGUGGCACUGGUCUGUACGAGCUCUGGAAGACUGGAAGAUACAAGAGCUACCCCCCCAGCACCCUUGUGGAUCUGGUGGCCAGAAUCCUGGCCCUUGUCCCACCGUGGACACGUGUGUACCGAGUUCAGAGAGAUAUCCCAAUGCCACUGGUCAGCUCUGGAGUGGAGCACGGGAACCUGAGGGAGCUCGCCUUGGCCAGGAUGAAAGAUUUUGGGACACAGUGUCGUGAUGUAAGGACAAGAGAGGUUGGAAUUCAGGAAAUUCACCAUAAAGUGAGACCAUAUCAGAUUGAAUUGGUUCGAAGAGAUUACGUGGCCAACGGGGGCUGGGAGACCUUCCUCUCCUAUGAAGACCCCGAGCAGGAUAUCCUCGUUGGCCUUCUGCGGCUGCGGAAAUGUUCGGAGGAGUCGUUCCGGCCCGAGCUGAAGGGAGGAGUUUCCAUUGUCCGGGAAUUGCACGUUUACGGGAGCGUGGUCCCCGUCAGCAGUCGGGAUCCUUCCAAAUUUCAGCACCAGGGAUUUGGUAUGUUACUAAUGGAGGAGGCGGAAAGAAUAGCCAAGGAGGAGCACGGGUCAUGGAAAAUUGCUGUAAUUUCAGGUAUCUUUGCUUUAUCCCUUUUUUUUUUUUUCAACAUUGAAUUGGUUCGAAGAGAUUACGUGGCCAACGGGGGCUGGGAGACCUUCCUCUCCUAUGAAGACCCCGAGCAAGAUAUCCUCGUUGGCCUUCUGCGGCUGCGGAAAUGUUCGGAGGAGUCGUUCCGGCCCGAGCUGAAGGGAGGAGUUUCCAUUGUCCGGGAAUUGCACGUUUACGGGAGCGUGGUCCCCGUCAGCAGUCGGGAUCCUUCCAAAUUUCAGCACCAGGGAUUUGGUAUGUUACUAAUGGAGGAGGCGGAAAGAAUAGCCAAGGAGGAGCACGGGUCAUGGAAAAUUGCUGUAAUUUCAGGUGUUGGCACAAGGAACUACUACAGGAAGAUCGGUUACGAGCUGGAAGGGCCUUACAUGGUGAAAAGGCUGGACUGAUGCCCCAGGAAGGUCCUGACUUGAUGCCCCAGGAGGUCCUCACCACAAGACUCACCCUGGAAGGAAAGCUCAAGCUGAUGGCCAUAAGCUACAAACCAAAGCCUGCCAAGUGCCAAGGACUUGCUGAUGCCAGAGCCCACGGCAGCAAAUGGGCCAUCUCCUCUGGGGAGAGCAUUUCUGAGCUUUGCCCCAGGAGAAGGUGCUGCAGGACGGGCUCUGGGGCGUUGCAAUAGAGGACUGAGGUGCAGGUGAACUAAAACCACCCAUUUCUAUGAUGCUGUCAGCGGGCUUUUAAUGUUUUGGUGUUGAAAUUGCGCGGGUUAUUCUGCAACACGAGUUAUUUCUUUCUCUGUGUGCAUUUA